AUGGGUCGCGGCAAGGUGCAGCUGAAGCGGAUAGAGAACAAGAUAAAUCGGCAGGUGACCUUCUCCAAGCGCCGCAACGGGCUCCUGAAGAAGGCGCACGAGAUCUCCGUCCUCUGUGACGCGGAGGUCGCCGUCAUCGUCUUCUCCCCCAAAGGCAAGCUCUAUGAGUACGCCACCGACUCCAGCAUGGACAAAAUUCUUGAACGUUAUGAACGCUACUCUUAUGCUGAAAAGGCUCUUAUUUCAGCUGAAUCUGAAAGUGAGGGAAAUUGGUGCCACGAAUACAGGAAACUUAAGGCGAAGAUUGAGACCAUACAAAAAUGUCACAAGCACCUCAUGGGAGAGGAUCUGGAUUCUCUGAAUCUCAAAGAACUCCAACAACUGGAGCAGCAGCUGGAGAGUUCAUUGAAGCACAUCAGAUCGAGAAAGAGCCAUCUUAUGAUGGAGUCCAUUUCUGAGCUACAGAAGAAGGAGAGGUCACUGCAGGAGGAGAACAAGGCCCUACAGAAGGAACUGGUGGAGAGGCAGAAGGCGGCGGCCAGCAGGCAGCAGCAGCAGCAGCAACAACAACAAAUGCAGUGGGAGCACCAAACCCAGACCACCCAUACCCAUACCCAAAACCAACCCCAAGCCCAGACCAGCUCAUCAUCUUCCAGUUUCAUGAUGAGGGAUCAGCAGGCCCAUGCCCCUCAACAGAACGUUUGUAGCUACCCGCCAGUGACGAUGGGUGGGGAGGCGGCAGCGGCGGCAGCAGCGCCGGGACAGCAGGCUCAGCUUCGCAUUGGAGGCCUGCCUCCAUGGAUGCUGAGCCACCUCAACGCUUGAGGAAGGAAGAGGUUUAAUUUCCAAAGCAGCUGAAACAGCAUUAAUCGGCACACUAGCAAUUAAGCUGCUAUGGUUAUGUUUGCUUGCCCCUACCCUUAUAUAUAUGAUUUGCAAGGGAAAAAAAAAGAGCAGAGAUAUCAGGAAUGCUGGUUCACUGUAUAAUUUUGUUGCAUGUUCAGCAACACGUACCAAUUGAUGCAAACAUGCAUGCUUAGCGACCAACCAAUUACCUUAGCAUGGAUGACUUGCUUGGCUUAAUUAUGGAAAGCUAGGUUGUGUGAUGACGUGUGUAUAUAUAUGAUAUAUUUUUAUAUUUUAUCUGAAAUCUAAAUGGGUGAAUGAA